GAACCUCGCGCUCAGUAAUCCUCGGUCUCUCUAGAACUCAACAACGCGCACACCUUUAAAUUUUCCACUCAUCCAUAGCGUAUAUAUAAAGUGCAACAGAUAUGUGAAUACUAUUUCAAAUUUUAAAUUUGCCUCCGUUAAUUUCAUCUCCAAAUAAUAAAAUCGCAUUGACGUCAUACAAUUCCCUUGAGAAAUGGAUUAUAAAAGUUAAAGCUGAUGGGUUGUUAAGAUUUAGGUGAGAAAUAUAAGGAGGUGAGGGAAGAGCAACAAUUGCAAGUUUUAUUCAGACAAAAUCAAUGAGUGGAUGACUAAUUGCGAGAUGAAGCACUUGAAGAUAACGGUUUUUAUGUUUAAUUUAAUAAUAUGGUUAAGUGGAUUUAUGGUGAUUGUUAUUGGUACUUGGCUGAUAUUAGAGCCAAGUAGUGGUCACUUGUUAAACCUCUUUGCUAAAAGUAUAACACCCCAUGAUACGGUACAAAUACUAUCUUAUGUAUUACUAGGUCACGGAUUUAUAGUAUUGACUGUGGGAUUUAUUGGAUGUCGCGCCUCUUUACAUGGCAGCCAGUGCAUUUUAGCUGUUUAUAUUGCAAUGCUUGUUGGAUUAAUAGUUUGUGAAUUAGUGACCGCGGCCGUCGGUGGUUUUCUCUCUUAUCGUGCAGUUACUGGAUUGGAAAAUAGAUUAUUAGAACGAUUAGCUGAUCAUUAUGGUCACGAUCGGACAAGUGAUAUCGCAUUUAGCCAAAGUCUUGAUUUUGCACAGUAUAAGUUUAAUUGUUGCGGUAUUUACGGCGAUGGUGAUUACAAUGGUACUGCAUGGUGGAGAGAUGGAAGGAUAUCCGGACUUAAAAGGCAGGUUCCUCUUACUUGUUGCAUACUUAAAAAUCACGAGGCGAAAAAUACCGGAAGUCCUAUGAGCGUUGUCGCACGAGUUUUUCAUAAAGACAAUGAACCAUGGUUACAUCCACAACCAAAAGAUGAAACAGCUUGCCAAGCAACUGAUCCAGAAGCUCACAUAGAGUACAGAAAUAAAAUAGGCUGCCUUGAAAGAGCAACAAAUUGGCUUCGUAAUGAAAGUUUAAAGCUUGUUUUCCUCGGCAUGGGUAUGGCAGGUAUUCAGACACUGGGAAUAAUAACAGCAACGAUAUUGUGCCAAACAUUUCGCGAGCACGAUCCAGAUAAUUGAUUACAAUAAAAAACUACACUGCCGUUUAUUUUUGGAUAACAUCGCGACGGUAAAUAAUAAAUAAUAAAUUAAAUUUAAAAUUUAAAAUUUAAAUUUCUGUGUUCGACGUAGCGCGUACGUACUUUCGUACAUUUGGACGAAUGUUCGUACUUACGAUAGAACUAUAGAAAAAAUUUAGCGGAGAGUAUUCAGAUGGUAAAAUAUUAAAUAUGUCAAUCAAUUUAUUUUCGAUUAAUUAAAUAAAUAAAUAUAUAACAUAUUUAAUUGUCAAUUUAAACGACAACUCAG